CGUUGUGUACGUCAGCAAAUAUGGUGGAAUUCUAUGUGAAACACGUUCACGAUUGAGAUGAUCCUACGUUAAUGAUGUUCUGUUGUUUGCGGUUUUGUGCCUAGGAGAUUGAUGAUCAAUGGCACGCCAUAGAAAUAUCAGAGGGAAGAACUUUGAUGAAGAUUAUGAAGGUUAUGAUGAUGUGUAUGGCCACUCUGUUGAGGAUGACUUCAUGUAUGGUGCAUCACCAGCUACAGCCGAACAAUUCUUGUAUCGUCGUGGCCAUCAUGAACUGUCAUCAUACCUAGAAGAUAUUGGAGAGGAUGAUAGAAAUAGUGAUUCAGAGCAACCUCUUGCUGAUUCGAGGAAUUAUGAGCGACCAAAACUCAGUGAUGUAGAUGAAGCUCGAUUACAGUCUUGCCUUGAUGAAAUCCGUAAUGUAGUCGGUGACACCACACCAGAACAUGUUCUCAUAGAUGCAGUGGUUGCCAACAAGUUUGACUAUGAACGAGCUCUGGAUGCUAUCCUGAACAAGCAAGAAACCAAACAGAAGACUCGGAUAGACUCGAGAACAGACCCAACAGUAGAUAGAAAGAAAAAUAAAUCACAAGAUGCUGUCAUAAAGAGUAGUGUAGGUGGGGAUGGUAGGGCAGGCGGUGUACAAAGGUCAAAGAAAACCGUGUCUCAAGAGAUUGGGUCAUCAAAAGGACAGGCCAAUGCAUCGUCCUUUUCAGAUGCCCUUGUUGCAAAUCAACCUGCAACCGGUAGAUUCCAGUCGUACUAUGAAAAGGUUGCUGCUGAUAAAGAUCUGGUACAUUUUAACUUGGGUAGUAGCGGGGCAUGUCCACAGUUAAAAGAGUGCAUUGCACAUGGUUUUGAGUUAAAUGAUGUCAAGGACUGUAGUAGUGUCAAUCAAGAAGGAACUAUGCAAUUUUACCCCAAAGGUAAGGGGUAUAUACCGCAAGGUCAAGUGCAAGGUCAGAUGCAAAGUAGGCUCUUAGUUAAGCCUGGUUUGUCUAUGCAAGCUGGUGGAGUCAGCCUUUCAGAGUUGUCAAAUAUGCAAGAAAGUAGGAGUAAUGCAGUUUUGGAAGGAACAAAGGAACGUGUCCCUCCACUUGGACAAGAUUUAGCACCCUCUACUGGACUCUCAAUCUUACCAGCCAGUCAAAUGACUUCCUCAGAGUUUGGGAAGCCAUCGACAUCUGGGGAUUUUAGUACAUGUAUUAGAAGUAAAUCUGGUUCAGGCUCAUUGGCAGAUUUAGCAUUUGGACAAGGUUCUUUAAAGGGAAAAAUUCCUGUGCCUUCUAACGUCCCAUUCGGUGGCUUGGCUUCAAGUCAGCUGUUGUCAUCAAAAGUGCCUCAUCCAACACCUCCAAGUAGUACCAUGCAGGAAAGCAUUUCUCUUGCUGAUCUAGCCAGUGGCCAUCACUCACCUUCUUCCAGAAUUCCACAAAUGAACAAGCAGGGUAAAGCAACAGGUUUUAAAUCAACACUUUCAGGGAAUGUAUCUCUAUCGGACUUAGCAUCCAGUCACUUGUCAUCACCUCCCAAACAGUCUGUACUUGGCACCAAGCAGGAAGACAGGAAUACACCCAGUGUGAAGCCUACACCAUCUAGUGGUUUAUCCUUGUCAGACUUGGCGUCCAGUCACUUUUCAUCAUCUCCAAAACAAUAUCUGCUAAGCAACAAGCAUAGUAGUAUGAAAACAACUGGAAGCAAGUCUACUCCAUCUAGUGGUUUAUCUCUAGCAGAUUUAGCAUCCAGUCAUCUUUCUUCAUCGAAUACCUCAGCAUUAGGCUCUUUGUCUGAUAAUGUAUGUGGUAUCGGAGGCAGGACUGCCCAAGGAAGCGGUGUUUCUCUUGCAGAUUUAGCAACUGCUGAUCAAACUACUUUUAAAGAUCCUAUUGGGUUGCAGUUGGGAAAGAAAGAUGGAAAACUAUCAGGAACCUCAAAGGGUAAAUUUGUCAAGUCUGGCUCUUCAAAACUGCACACGAGGAAAGAAAUUAAGCAGAAAGCAGCAGAUGAUCAGAUAGGGACAUUAAGUUUAGGCUCAUUGGGUGUUUCCGAUGCUGCUAAUAGAGGUGGGAGCAUACAGUCUCCUACAGAAUUCCAAACUCCUCGUGUUCCACCAGGCUUUGAAUCUUUUAUUCAACCUCCAAGUCAUUCCAAAUCUUUUCACUUUGAUGAAAAUAUGCAACCUCAGCUGCCUGUCUCAGGGAUCCCCUCAUGGAAAGAGUCAGAGAAAUUAUCCUCUUCAAGGAAAUCAAAUCAACAAGCCACAUAUACCUCUUUACACAAACCUAAAACACAUUCCAAAGCUAACCUGAACUCAUCUGGCUUAUUUGCUCCGGUGUCGACCUUCGGGAAUGCUCUUUGCCAUCAGUGCAGAACAGCUUCUGCCAAAGCUGCAGCAAUUGCAAGAAGUAGGGUAGGGUAUCGUGGUGUUCAGAGGAGAGUCCUCCACAAGCAGUUCUCGUUUGAAAGACAGAAGAGCAGACAAGAGGAAGCUAAAGAAGAGAGUUGGCGAGAGGUUAAGCCUUUUGACUUCUCAAUUCCUUCACCUGAUGAUAUGGUUAAACAACAGCAGCAGAGAGCUUUUGUUCCUCUGAAUCAAAGGACCCAGAGAACAGACAACACAGCAGAGCUUGAUUCUAGGUUACGGGUCACUCAAACUAUUGAUGAUGCCGCAACCCAGAUCACAAGACUCACCUUUGAAGGCAAAGAUCCUAAACAAGGAUUCCAAGUCAAAGUUGAAGACACAAGUAAAGGGAAAACCCCUGAAGGAGGAGGAGGAACAGGAGGAGGAGGGGAAGGGGAGAUGAAGGUUGAAGGAGCAGGAUCCCGCAAAGGAGCGCUUUCUCCUACACGGUUAUCAGAGUCAAGUAGUAGUAGGAGAAGCAGCAGGGAGUCCCUUCCAAAUGUAUGUAGUGAACCCGACCUUCAAGCAUAUUCUUCAGCAACAUCAACACCAAGUAGAAAGGAAGGCAGGAAAGCUUCUUCAAUUGACAUCGCCAAAGAGCUUGAGAAGCGUCAGUCUGGCAAGGAGCUUCUGAAUCUAGUGGUCAUCGGUCACGUUGACGCUGGCAAGUCGACCUUGAUGGGUCAUCUUCUGUACCUCUUAGGUCAGGUCAAUCAGAGGGUCAUGCAUAAAUAUGAGACGGAGUCUCGUAAACAGGGCAAGGCUUCCUUUGCCUAUGCUUGGGUGCUGGAUGAGACUGAGGAAGAGAGAGGAAGGGGUAUCACUAUGGAUGUUGGUUUAACACGUUUUGAGACAACUCAUAGAUUAGUGACCUUACUAGAUGCACCGGGACACAAAGACUUCAUCCCAAACAUGAUCACAGGUGCUGCUCAGGCUGAUGCUGCUAUCUUAGUAGUCGACGCAACAAGAGGUGAGUUUGAGACUGGCUUUGAGUCCGGCGGUCAGACGAGAGAACAUGCCCUACUUGUCAGGUCACUAGGGGUCAGGCAGCUGGUAGUAGGGGUCAAUAAAUUGGACACGGUGACAUGGUCGGAGGAGAGGUUCUCAGAAAUUGUCAAGAAGCUUGGUUCUUUCUUGAAGCAGGCAGGCUUCAAGGAAUCAGAUGUGGUAUAUAUACCAUGCAGUGGUUUGACUGGUGAGAAUCUAUCUGAGAAAGCUAAAGAACCAGCGCUUACAUCGUGGUAUACUGGCCCGUGCCUACUAGACCAUAUAGAUAAAUUGAAGCCGCCUAAAAGAUCAAUAGAACAGUCAAUGAGAUUGUGUGUAUCAGAUGUUUUCAAAGGUAUGGGUUCAGGAGUGAGUGUCUCAGGGAAAAUAGAAACAGGUAGUCUCCAAAUCGGAGAGAAGAUCAUGGUGAUGCCGGCUGGUGAGAAUGGUCUUAUCAAAGUAAUCACAGUACACGAUGAAGACACAAGAUGGGCCUGUGCUGGUGAUCACACUACCAUAGUUGUUACUGGUGUUGAUAUGAUGAAUAUAACGAUCGGCAGUGUUAUCUGCUCCCAUCAUGAUCCUAUAAGAGCAACAACAAGGUUCCAAGCUCGAGUAGUAAUCUUCAAUAUCGAGGUCCCUCUCACCAAGGGCUUUCCAGUACUUGUCCACUACCAGUCCGUGAGUGAGCCAGCUGUCAUUAAGAAGCUUGUGAGUGUCCUUCAUAAAAGCACGGGAGAGGUUGUACAGAAGAAACCAAAAUGCCUCACUAAACAGAUGAAUGCAAUCAUUGAGAUCGAGACGAGUAGACCGGUUUGUCUAGAGCUUUACAAGGAUUAUAAGGAACUAGGAAGGUUUAUGCUGAGGUAUGGAGGCUCUACCAUUGCAGCAGGUGUCGUCACAGAGUUUAAGAAUUGAUGUUCUCUUGGAAAAGCAGCUGACUUGCCAACCUAGUCAACAGUCUCAAUCAAAUUGAGUUUACCUGUGAUCUAGGACAAUCGAUAAAUAACCUGCAAUGUACUGGUUUAUUGUAACAGCUGUAUGGAUGAACGUUGUUUUUCCUGAUGACCUAAUUAAGGACAAAGUAUUCCAUUCACCAGCUAGUCAUAAUUGAACUGCAAUACUUGCAAUCUGGGGUCAUGGAUUUGCAUAUAUUGCCAAUUGCUAUGUCAUAUAAUCAGGCAAGCUUUCAGCCUGCCACGAACAAAUCAUGUUUGAAUGGUGUGCAUUUGGUUUGAAUAUGGGUAAAUAAAUACUUUAAUGCAUAUAAGGGAGCAGAGUUAUUUACGAAGUGGAGGUACAUAUUUCAUUUGAAUCUUUGAGAAGAUUUGGUCCUUUGUACAACAUUGUCAUCAGUAAGGUUGGCUGAUUGAACUUCUGGGGUAACUGUAGCAAUAAUAUACACUGAUAAUAAUGAAAGCAUCUUGAUAUAUUUGUUUGCUGGAGAGCUUCUUGCAUGAGACAUGCUAUGCAUUUUCUAAAAAUGCAUGUAUUUUUCAGAUGGUCUUUGUAAAGUUUUAAAACCCUCACUUAAUUCUAUCUCCUGUAUCUUCUGUUGUACUCUUACAACAAUUUAGCCAAAGUAUGUGUACCUACAUUGUGCACAUUGAUUUAAGAAUACUACUUGUUAUUGCAUUAAAUGAAUGUUUGUGUAUUCUUGGCAUUGUUUCAUAAAAAUGAAAGCAAUCUACUAUUUUGUCUUUUAUUGCUGCUCUUUCUGGAAUUGACCCCCUCGAUCGGUUCUGAUUAUGUAUGAGCAUCUCUAUCUAUCCGUUUUGUGGGUCAUUUUAUCCCACAUCCGGUUUGAUAUAUUGGUAUGGAGGGCAUAAAUCAAUAUUUCAGCACAGAUGGUAAGGGAUGGGGAAAGAAGCAGGGCACGGAUACGAGAUGGGCAUUUAGGCCAACCGAUCAGAUACCCAAGGCCGUUGCCGGGGUGGUAAGCCCUGUGUAUCCAGUGACAAACAAAAUUAUUUUAUUUUACCUAUCCUCAUAACAAUUCUCAUUUGAUUUUCAGCUAUUGAAAGAAACUUAUAGAUUUGAAAGUGUUUCCAUUGUGAACUUCCUUUCCAGUUUCCUGACAUUUCCAUUUUAGUUUCCUUGUAUUUUUUCAUACAUUUUACUUCCUUAACUUUAUUCAUUUGCAAUUUCAAUAGAAAUGAAGAGUUUGAUAAAUAUUCCUUAAUCGAUAACUGUUUAUGGUUGUCAUGGCAUGCAUAUUGACCAAAUUAUGAAAAGAAAAUAUAUUAGGUUUAUACUCAAACAAGUUUUGCUUUGCAUUGCAAAAAACAACAACAAAGCACACAUUUAUCUAUUUUUGAUUAGCUAUUCUAAUCGUAAUUUGUUAUUUUUUAACAGUGUUUCAAGAUAAUAUGAUCCAUCUGAUAAGAUUCAUAUUUGUUCUGUGGAUCAUAGUUAUCUUCAUAUCUUCUUUACAU